AGCCAUCUGGCUCAAGACCAGUUACCGGAGUCCUCGUAUAGACGCGCUCGCACACCUCAGCACACCAUUCCCUCGACCAUCGAUGGCACCUCUGUUGCGCCUGUGCGCCGCCGUGCUUGGCUUGGCCGUGGUCGGCCGCGGCGUGACGAUUCACCGCAAGAAGGCGGAGCAGGACGACGGCCCCGGGACCUACCGCGUCGUCUCGGCGGGGCCCAACCUCAAGGCGCUCCCCGUGAGCAGGGACUUCGACCGCACCAGCGCGAAGGUGGGGGAGUUGGCGCUGCAGCAGGAGAGGUGAAGGUCCUGGAGGUGGCCGCGGAGCUGAACGACGGCAGGCGGCGAGCCCGCAUCGCGGACCCCGCCGGUUGGAUCACCGUGCUGGCCACCAAGAACAACGUCCGGUUUGCCGCGAAGCAGCCGGACGACCCAGUCCCGAACGCGAAGGCGGUCGCGGACGAGAAGGCGCUCGCGGAGGAUCCCGAGGCUGAUGUCAAUACCCGGAUCAUGCUCGCGAGGACCCCUGGGUGGAUCCAGAACCUGUCGCACUUCCUUACUGUCGAGAACAUGAACAACACCGAGGAGCAGACGGCGGUCGUCACAUUUGCAGGCAAGAAGAACGUUGAGUACAUCGACGGGGCGAUCAUGCUGGGCGUGUCUGUCCAGAAGUACCUCCCAGGUCACCCCAUGGUGGCCCUGGCCAUCACUGCGAUGAAAGCUGUAAACAAAAAUCUUCUGAGAAACGCUGGCUGGUCAUUGUCGAUUGUGCCGAAUUGGGACAAGGACUUUUGCGGAGAGGACUGCGACCAGGAGUUCUUGGGGCGGUGGCACGAUAGUUUUGAAAAGAUUAAUUGCUUCCGGCUCCCAUUCAAGCGUGCGCUCUUCCUGGAUUCGGACACAUACAUUUUCAGCAGCAGGAUCUUGGAGCUGAUCAAAAAUGAUGUGCCCGACGACCACAUCGCCAUGGCGAAAGAUGGCUGCAAAGACGAGUUCAACAGCGGAGUAAUGUUUUACAAGCCGAGCCUCGACGUGUUCGCGAAUAUGCUCAAGCUAGUGGAGGUGCGCCAGAGAGAGAAGAUCCUCGACCAGGAGAGUUGAUCAACAGUGUCUACAGUGGCAAGGUGCAGGAAGUGUCGCGAGAGUUCAACUGUGUGGACACGAUGGGCAUCCAGCCAGGCCAACAAAGGGUGUGCGACGAGCACUGCAGCGACAAGGUCGUGGUGGCCCACUUCACCGGGCACCCGAAGCCCACCUCCGCCAAGAGGCGCCUCCUCGAGCUGGUGCGCCGCCCUGGAGCACCUGCGAUCGCCUGCACGAACACGAAUUUCGGACCCCAUAGGGAGAGAGUGGUCGGAGUACUACUGCGACAUCCGUGAGAACAAGAAGAAGGUGUCGAAGAACCUGCAGUACUGGCUCCACAACACGGGCGAGUGCUGCCACUCACCCUUCGACCCGAAGUCGGACCAGGAGAGCUGCAAGGAUCGGUGCCCUUCGACCAUGGGCAUCCAGCCGAAGGACAAGAAGGCAUGGAGCAGCGUCGGACGCCUAUGGCACGUACGUGAAGAGUAGCAUCCCGAGUCCGAAGUACAAUGGUGGAAGGCCUAUCUUUGUCAAGUGGAAGUCCAUCAAGAAUGGUCCGCUUCAGUACCUGUACUUCAUAGCACCGCAGUUCAUAUGGGCGAUCGGGAACGACUACACCACCAGUCAGUCGGGCGUCAUCAUGUACGCCCAGAAGGAGGCGAUGUGCCCCAGGGACACAACCGCAUGGUCCGUGUACUCAGCGACGGCGGGAUUCCAGCGCGUUAAGAUAGCAGUCACAUCGCUGCCGAACGACCAUGGCGCGCCGAACAACACGGACCACGUGGCUUGGAAUCUGCAGACGAAUCAGUGGGUCCGUGAGGAGUUGGCGGCGGAUGAUGACCACGACGACGACAAGACCGAUGCGUGAUGCGGAGCUCUGGCAUGGCCGCGCCCUGCUGCGGCAGCGGCGUUCCUGAAUGGCGGCUCCACUUUGAAUUGUGCCGUCCCCGUCGUCACCCAUCGCUCGCCCACCUCCCCGCCCCGGACCUGCAGUCAUGACGACGCUUCGGGGGGGAUGCCCUGACGCUCUUCGUGUCUGUUGUGCAUCCUUGGGGAGGGCACCCUCGAAUGCUCUUCACUUUGACCGGCGGAGGGCCUCGUGUCCUUGGAUCGGAUGCUCUUCUGCCCCAGGCCCGACCGCCCUCCCGUGCGGGCGGCCUCGGAGCUGCGGACCUCUGCCCUUCCUGGAAAAGCUGGGCGGCCCAGAUCUGGGCGGCGCCAGGCGGCCUCCGGGGCGCCGAGCCCCUGCUGCGUGUGGUGCCGCCUCUCGCCCUAUGACACUGCGAGCUCCUUCUCCUCCGCG